UAAAAGCAUUCAAGACGUGCGAAAGUUCUAAAAAACACCAAACAGGAGCCAGGAGCCUUUCUUCAAGAACCCACAGAAAAAAAACCCGGAGAUUUGAACGUUACAAUUAAAGAGUUUAAGCGAGGUUUUUAUUUUUGGUGGAAUAAAGCCCAGAAAGACUAAAAUACGAAUAUCGUUAAAAGGAUUCAAAAUUUCUAGCAGCAACGGAUGUUAAACGUUACUUAAUAAGAAAUUGUGCUUUUGAAUAAUUUCUAUCAUUUGGCUCCACAUUCUGUUCUUGAGGACAGAAAUAGAACAGUUAUGGAGAAUGAUUUAAGAGAAUUUUGUUUGAAAUGGAAUAAUCAUCACAACACAUUAAUAUCAGUGUUGGAUUCCCUGCUGAUGAAGGAGAGACUUGUUGAUGUCACAUUGGCAGCAGAAGGGCAAUUCAUCAAUGUCCAUCGAAUAGUGUUGUUUGCUUGUAGCCAGUAUUUUGAAGAACUUCUAAGCCAAUUGCCAGACAAACAAGCAGUUAUCUUUCUUAAAGAUGUCAAGUUUGCUGAUCUUAAAGCUUUAGUUGAUUACAUGUAUAGGGGUGAGGUGAAUGUUACCCAAGACAGACUGGAAAUUUUCUUGCAAAUGGCCGAUUCCUUGAAAAUUAAAGGCCUAGUUGACCAGCAACAGCUUAAAAAGUUUACUGUCAGCUUUCCAGAGGUAUUUUCACCCUCAAAUGUUAAAGCCAAAAUGAAUGGACCGAAAAUGUCUCAGAUUUUGUCAGAACCAUAUCCCACUUCUGGAAACAGGGGUGAUUCCAUAAACUCCCCAUCAAAUCCUAGAUCUUUCUUAUCAUCUUCAAUCCAGAUGAUGGGAGCAUCAUUCAACAAUAAUGAAGAAGAGAAUGAGCAGCAACAUCUCAGAGAGGAUGGCAGUGAAGAAAAUGGCGAGGAUUUAGAACCUGGUGUGAUGGUGGCUGAGAUGGAACCUGAUGAUAAUUUUGUUCCUGUGCUUGCCGAUCAGGGUGAAAACAUAGACUCCGAGUUCGGCGAUGACCAUUUUGAAGCUACGGAAAAUUGGCCUUCCCAACACGUUGAAGAUGAAUUUUGGAAUAAUUCCCAAGAUGGAUUCAAUACAUUAUUAGGAGUCGCAUACUCGGAUGAAGGAACUGACACAUGGACUUCUACACCCAAUGUAACUGCUGGACCUUCCAAACACAAACGGACCAAAAAGAAAUCCUUAUCUUCCGAAGCUUCUCUGUCUUCAUCAACAGCCAAAGCAGGAAAUAACGAUCGACCUAUAAAUUGCGGAUCGGAUGAACAAUUACGGUAUAAAGAGCAAACUUUACCGAUUACCGUUGAUGGAGCUCAACAUGAAGGGAGCCUUAACAUGUGCCCGUGUGGACGGAGUUAUACGAAACGUAAAAAUUACGUAAGACAUAUUACAUUCGAAUGUGGAAAAGAAGCGAGCUUUGCCUGCCGUUAUAAGAAUUGCAGAUCCCGUUUCAAGCGAAAGGAUAAUCUCAAAGUCCAUAUGGACCGGGUUCAUCUAGGUGACAGACAUUCCAUGACCACAUUACCUGAUGCAGGGCUCACGAUUCCCAGUUCUCCGGUGCUCGCCGUAUGCGAGAAAGUAUGAAUCAAAUUAUUUUGCUUUUGAUCAUCAUACUGGAUGUUGCGGCAAUUGGAACUUACGUGAUAGUCGCAUUAUGUAUUUUUGCAAAUGAAACUGAUGUAACGAUUUUAAACAAAAGUAUUGUUAACUGGAACUGGAUCCAUGUCAACUAUUUUGUAACGAACCAUUUUUUAAAAUUUGAAAUGCGUCGCUAAUGGCGUAAAGAAAAUAAUCCUAGUCGCACUGCAGUGACUGUACUAAUGAUCAUUACCAAACCAAAAUACGCACUUUCGCAUUUACCUGUAUCCUUUAAUAUGAAAGAUGAAACUAGAAUCGCUAGAAUCGUAGAAGGGAUUUCCCUUCAUGACUCUUGUUUCUGAUGGGGUUCCCUUGUUUCGCUACGUUAGCGAAAGUGUGGAAACCCUUUCUGAUGAAACAAUUUUUUUAGUGGCAUCUAGUGAGACAAUGGAGAAUCGACAACUAAAAACUCGCCCUACACGCAAAUCUAAAACCUAUUUGGUCACUUCGGUGUGUUUUCUUCAGUUGUAACUUGGAAUGGAGGUGUUGAAACUUAAAACGCAUGUAUUACACAAACAAGGAACACUCGAAAACCAUUAACACUGAACAUCUAUCACAUUAAAGAAUCCCUGAAUGAAUUUUACUUUAUUCUGUGUUAUUUAAAUAAGUGAUUUGGGAAUAGCAAAGUUGCUUUUCAAUGAGUUCCCUGAGAAUGUCGGUAAGCAUAAAUCAAAAGAUUCUGGCUUUACAAAAGAUUAUGUAGCCAAGCAAAGUGUAUUAACCAUAAGGAUUAUGGUUCUUUCCCAGGCAGCUUCCCAGGCAGACACCCAUUUACAAAGCUAUGGAGUCAGAGACCAAUGUGUGGAAUCUGAUAUUCUAGUCCUCAGAAUCCCAACUGCCCGUCUGCUUCAACAAGGGUAUAAAGCAAUUAUAAUUUCAGGAGGCCCUAACUCAGUGUACGCGGUUGAUACCCCACUAUACGACCUGCAAUCUUUAGGCUGCGGUCUUCUAGUGCUGGGAAUUUGUUAUCGCAAGCAAACACUCAACAAUGAGUUAGGUGGGACGAAGGAGAGAAAAGAUGUUUGCGAUGGGCAAUUCGAGAUCCAAGUAGAAACGGAGUGCCUAUUGUUUAAAGGCUUAGAGACUCGGCAAAUGGUAUCAGUGACCCAUGGUGACAGCGUAGACAAGGUUGCAGAAGGGUUGCGUUGCGUCGCAAAAUCUUCGCGUCAUAUUAUUUCCGCUAUUGCUGAUAUUACUGAGUCCAAUUCCAUGAUUUGACUGAAAAUGGAAGAAAAAUGUUGCACAAUUUCUUAUUCGAUAUCUGUGGAUUGCAAGAAGGUUUCACAUUGGAGAAACGCAAGCAGCAGUGUAACGAUUAUAUCCAGCACAUGGUCGGACGUGAUAAGAUCGUGCUUAUGCUGGUAAGCGGCGGAGUGGAUUCCGCCGUUUGUGCUGCCCUUCUCCAUAAAGCACUUGUUCAGGGUUACGACUCGUCGCGGUUGCAGGCCAUCAAUAUCGAUAACGGUUUCCUGCGUAAAGACGAAUCCGAGCAGGUCGUCACUAGUUUACAGCAACUCGGGCUCAAUCUUCGGGAAAUUUGAGAUACUUUCCUGGACUGUUCAGAAUCUUAUGAUUGACCAAAAUCCCCAAAAUACGUUGUCCUGUCACAACUCAUACUUGUUCUAUGACCAAGUUCUUUUACACACAGUGGCUUCUCAUUUCUUCUUAAUACUAGCGAUCAGAUUUUAUAUUUCGAAUCGUUUUAGGUUGUCGAAGCAAGUUUGACUUUCCGCGAUGCCUCCACCAACGUGCAUGGUCGCCAAUCUUUGUUGUUGUGUCGGACUGUUGUGAUGGACAUAGUAGAACCUCUAGAAGACUUCCAUAAAAAUGAAGUAAGAGCCUUAUGUCGCGAGCUGGGUCCGCCCGCAAAAUUACUGGAACGUCACCCGUUUCCUGGUCCCGGUUUGUCAAUUCGAAUCAUUUACGCCGAAGAACCGUUCUUGGAAGCUGAUUUCGAUGAGACGCAAGUGCUGAUUCGUUUGAUGGUUCAUUAUGUAAACACAGCCAACGAACAUGUCUUGCUCAAUCGGAUUGAAAUCGCACCGUUGGAAGAAGAGCGUCUUCUUCUGGAAGAACUGUCCAGUCACAACCAGUAUGUUGCCACGCUACUGCCUAUUCACACUAUCGGUGUUCAGGUACUGGAGAUUGCAAAAAAAUGUGUCUGGUAUGGCAAACAAAGCAUAGGGAAAACAUUUUUCUGCAACAAUGCCGUUUGGCAUGCAGGAAGAAUAGCGGAGACGACUAUGAUAAAACGAAAUCAAAGUGCGUUUAUCACAACCACUUUGAUUUUGAAUUACUCAUAAACUAUAACUCUCGAAUCAAAAUGAACUUGAUUUUUACUUUGUCAUUGAAUUUCGAAUGUAAAUCUUGUAUUUUGUAGCAGUAGGUUUAAAAAGGGAAAAAUCGGGUUUUUUUUGUCGUUUUUUUUUUUUUUUUUUUUUGGGCUUAUUUUGUCAGGCUUAUUUUUGAAACCUGACUGGAAAACAUUUCUGCUAGAUAGCUAUGCAGAUUCUCUAUCCAAUUAGCGUUCGGAAUAUGUUUGAGUAUAGCGUCUUUGGUUUAAAUCCGUACAGAAUUGAAUGGCUACCUUUGUCGAAUGCUUGAUUUUGUUUACAUCGACUAUACUUCAAUGAUUUACAAGUGGGAAAAGGUUGCCUUUAAGCAACAAGAAGGUAUUGUGCGUGUAUGUACGAAUCAUGGCUUAAUGGGUGAGCAUCGGAUUGUGGCUCUGUAUUUUUAUGGAUCAAAUCCCAUCCAAGGUAAAUAGUACACAAUAUGUUUGCUAAUUCACUUUAUUGACGUUAUCGGUUUACAAGCGUUUUAGUAAUUUGCCUUGGGCUACUUUAAAUUAUUAUUACAAGUGUGAACAAUUUACCUUUAAGCUCAUGGUAAAAGUUUAAAACUUAGUUGUAUGACUCAUGGCUCAAAGGUAGAGCAUCGGAGCGGUACGCUGAAGGUUUAGGGUUCGAUUCCCAAAAGAGUCAAGUGAUAUUCCAAUGUAAAAAUAUGUUCCAUCGGGAAUUAAACCGUUCGCAGAAUUUCAGUUUCUUCUGAAAUAAUUCUGAUGUAUGAGUUACAAAAUCUCUAAGAGUAAAAUUAGAGUGCAUUGACUAAAAAUCUGUAAAGUCCUAUUCUACAACGGUGCCAUUCAGAUGAAGAACGUAUAGUUGAACAUCGUCAUAGUAGAUGAUCAUUCCUAAUCAAUUUAUUGUUUGUUAAUAAAAGAUCAAUAAAAGUAAUUCAGAAUA